AUGACAGAAACAUUAAAUAAUAAUUCAAUCCAGUCUCAUUCAGAUGAGACAAUUCAAGAUUUUAGAGAUAUGGGACUUAAAGAAGAUGUCUUAAGAGGAAUCUUUUCUGCUGGCUUCGAAACUCCUAGCAUUGUUCAGCAAAGAACGAUUAAAAUAAUUGCCAGAGGUAGUGAUAUGAUCAUUCAGUCUAAGUCAGGAAGUGGAAAAACUACAGCACUUAUAAUUGGAAUGCUGCAAUUAAUCAAUCCAAACAUUAAUCAGCUACAGGCAAUAAUUUUGGAGCCUUGCAGAGAGAUUGCAAAAGAAACGUAUAGUCAAAUAACUAAACUUGGGGAAUAUGUAAAUGUCAAAGCACACUCUGUAUUUGGAGGCAUUUAUUAUCGUGAAGAUAUAAUCGUGCUUAAAAAUUGCAUUCACAUAUUAGUUUGUACCCCUGGAAGAAUGCUUGAUUGCCUUAUAAAGGGCGUGAUUUCUGCAAGUGAAGUUAAAAUAUUUAUUUUAGAUCAAAUUGAUGAGGUAUUCGCAAGGGGAUUUAAAAAUCAGAUAUGUGAAAUCUUUCGAUUUCUUGAAAGUGCCCAAGUCUGCUUCUCUUCUUCAACAACAAUAUAUAUGAAAAAUCCAGUUAUAAUCACACUAAAAAUUAAUGAAUUGACCCUGGAAGGAAUUAAACAAUAUUACAUACGAUCAGAAAAAGAAGCGAAAUUUUCUAUUCUUGAAGAUCUUUUAGAUGCAAUGCAAAUAUGCCAGGCUGUUAUUUUUUGUAAUAACAAAAUAUCAUUAGAGACAUUAGUCCAAGCAUUUCAGGAUUCGCAUUACAGUGUAUCAUUUCUUCAUAGCUACACAGACGAUCGUCAAAAGGAAGUUGCUAUGAGAAAUUUCAGAACUGGGUCAACUAGAAUACUUAUUGCAACUGAUUUUCCAUUCAUUUUUGAAAAUUAUAUUACUAGAGUGGGAAGAUCAGGAGCAUAUGGCUAUAGAGGGCUUUCAAUUUGUUUUAUAACUCAAAGCGAAUUUCAGUUUUUAAAAGAAUUGGAGAGUCAUUUUUCAACUAUUAUUGAAGAAUUGCCAAAUGAUGUUUCUAGUUUACUAUAA